AUGGCAUCGCGCACUCGCUCAGCCGCUCGGAAGCAAGCUUCGUCUGUCAACGACAGCCCCGAGGCCAAACGAAGCGCCCGCCAGCAAGAUUGUGCGAAGCGUGGGCAGGCCAGCAGAGCCUCGUCAGGCAGCGACAUCCCCAACAUCAACUCGGCAGGUCUGUCUUCCGCCGACAGGCAGGCCCUCGCCAAACUUCGCAAGAUGGCCCAGAAGGCCAACAAGAGCGCGAAGGAGUUGCACCAGAAGAACGUACGCAAAAGAAGUGCAGCUCUGAUGGAAAACGACGCCCGGGAUUCGAGUGAAGAGGAAUCGCAGCCGUCGCCGCCAAAGCAUAAGAAAAAGAAGUCUGCUCAAGAGUCUGAAGCAGAGCAGCGCACGGGAGACGACGAAGAUAUGAAUGUCGAUGAAGUCGAUAGUGAGGGUGAAGAGGAGAUAGCCAAGGAUGACCAGACUUCGGGCGACUCUGAGGUGGAACAGAAGAGUCGAAAGUCGGACAAAGCUAAGUCUCAGUCCAAGCCUUGGCCGCUACCCCGGCCCAAACCCAAGCAGGCUGCCAAGGGUCAAACUCAACCACCUAAGAAACUGGCGAAGAGAGCGACUAACCUGGACGACGAGGAAGCCACUGUUGCCCAGUCGCUCAGGGACCACAUUGUCGAAGGUCAAAACAAAGCCAGGCAGACAAGCGAUGUUUCUGACAACGAGGGGGGUCCGAACGACGGCCCACAGGCUGCUACACAAGCCGCGAAGAAAGGACCGUCGUCUUCGACCAGAAAGAAGGUACCUAUCCCGGCGUUGUCUACGUUGUCGCCGACUGGCAAGACUCGGCGACUGGUCUACGUUGACGUGCCUCCGAAGCCUCAAGGGAGCGGAAAAUCAUCGCAUACGGCGGUGAAGAGCCAAGGCAAAGAAGUUCCCAGGACUGCCAGCAAAGCCAAGAUCACGAAGAAUUCCAGUUCCAGCGACGUCGAAACGACCGACAAUCAGAGCGGAGCCGAACGUAGUGCCGCGGAUGUGGAUGUGGAUGUGGAUGCGGAUGCGGAUGCGGAUGCGGAUGCGGAUGCGGAUGCGGAUGCGGACGACGACGAGCAGGAAGACGAGGAUAGGGACCCGGAGAAAGGAGAAGGGGAGAGUAGUGAGGAUGAUGAAGAGGAGGAGGAUGACGACGUGGUGGUGAGCUCCCGUAUCGUGCAAAUGAAGUACUCGCUGAUUGUGCAGGUCUUGCGCGAUGAGACGGCAGGGAAAGUCGUACGUCGGCGAUCAAAGGGCACGCGCAAGAAACGUGCGAAGGUGACUGACCUUCACCCUGACGUUAAGGCCCUAGUCUCUGCGUCCCAGAAUUCCCUACGCCUCCGCAUAGCUCUCAAGACGGCGUGGACCUCGGAGACCUCGGUUCACUCAGGUCGACUCCCUGAGAAAGACGCUCUGGUUCACGAUAGCCUGACUGAUGCGCACGAGAUGCGUGACAAGGACGGGCAUCGUAUCAAGGCGUUGAAGGCUGGGUUCAAGAUGGUCUGCGGCGAGAAGGCGAAGGACGCGAAGACGAAGGCGAAGGACGCGAAGGCGAAGGCGAAGGAUGCGAAGACGAAGGAGAAGGACGCGAAGACGAAGGAGAAGGACGCGAAGACGAAGGCGACGAAGGACGCGGAGGAGGAGGCGAAGCGGAUGGAGCUGCAGAAGGAGGUGUACAAGAUUGUUUGGGCGUGUGCGUCGCAGUUUCGCAAUGAGUUGAAGAAGAAGGCGAAAGCUGUCGUAGAGACGGUGUACGGCCUGCACGGUCUGACGGCUGAGCAGAGAAGCAGGGCGGCUGUGUGGCUGCUGAAGGCGCAUCCUACACAGGUCAACGACGGCAGUGGGACGCGACACAUCCCCAAUUUCCUGUUCAACGACAUCAGCAUAGUCUUCGACCACCGCAAGCAUGUGGACGUGAAGGAAAGCCAGUUCAACGAGGACGAGCCGUUCCGCCAUCCUGCCAUAUCAGAGCUGAUUUUCCAGCACUGGGCAUUGGGAGCGCGCGCCGAUGCGAACCUGCAUGCGGCGAUGGAGGACUUUGCUAUGGUACCAGACAACUUGAUCGCUCUCGUGUGCAACGCGAUCGAGUGCGCGUUGAUGGAGAUCAUGAAUCAUGGGCAGAAAAACUUCUUCACGAACAAGCAGUUCGCCUGCAAGUGGGACGGUCUCAUUGCAAUAUUGGAAACUCUGAAAGAGGAAUUGCCGGAAUACUACGAUGAGACAAAGAAGGCUAUCUGGGGCCAUAUUUCUGGUUGCCUCAACUUGGAUGCUGUCGAAGAACUCGAGCCUGCAGCCAAGGGUGGUAGCUUCCUCAAGUUCGACCGCAUGCGAGCUAAGCUGAAUGCUGGUCGAGCUAAGUCCCCUUCGACAGCUGUUAGCCCUGCUAAGUCUACGAGCGUGCAGAAGUCUGCUAGCAAGGUGAAACCUGCCAGCUCGACCAGCAGGAUGACGAAGUCGGGCGCAAAGUCAGCCAGUGCCAAACAGCCCGAAAUUCCCAGCGAGGACGAGGACGGCGCGGGUGAUGGCGGCGCGGGCGAUGACGACGCGGGCGAUGACGGCGCGGGCGAGGGCGGCGCGACGACGCGAGCUCCGACAACUGAAGCCUCCAGUAGCAAGCUGGCUGCGGUGCAGGCUGGGGCUGAAGAAACGGAGCAGCCUGAGGAGGACGAGAUUGAGGAAGCCUAUUGA